UAUAAAUUAAAAAAAAUUAAAACAGAGCAUUACUUUCAUUUAACAAAACAAAACGACAAUCAAUAUAAAUUUGAACAAAAUUCAGAUUUAAUGAAUAACGGAUUCACAAAAAACAGUGAUUACUGAUUUUCGAAAUUCACCAAGUGCACACAUCGAAAUUCGUCUAUAUUUUACACAGUUGAACAUAUUCAUCAGCAGACUUUAUACAGUCAGCCAAAAAAAAACAUACAGACAACAAUGAAGAACACAGUACAGAAGUCAGCACAUCAGCUAACUUCCUCUAAAACAUCAAUAUCAUCAUUAUGCGCUUCAUCACCUAAUCCACAUAAACGUGUAGCUGCCAAUUUGAGAGAACGUAAACGUAUGCGUCUGAUUAAUCAUGCAUUCGAUGGAUUACAAUCUCAUUUACCCAAGGAAUUAUUACGUCCAAAUACAUUAUUGAGUAGUAUAAAUUCAAAAAUUUGCACUUCAUUCAUACAUGCACACCGAAAGUUUAAUGUAGAGUUAAGCAACAAACAAGUCGAUAGCCAAUUGAUAAUGCAGUCCGUAAAUCCAACCAACUCAUAUUUUCACAAGGAAACCAUCUCAAAAGUUGAUGUGUUGAGAGCCGCAAUCAACUACAUCCACAUACUUGAGGAGAUUUUGGACGAACUAAAAGCUGAACAUUGUCCUGAAACAUGGGAUAGUGCUGCUGAUCACAUGAACUCAUGGAAACUGGACUGUAAGCAGUCACAACCUAAUACAUAUCAUGUUGGUUGCCUAUGUUCAAUCAGACAUUCGAAUGAACAGCGUGUGAACAAGUAUCACAAGCAGUUAAUGAGUGGUACAGUAAUCAAAACAGGUGCAAAUUCUUUGCCCGUAUUUGUUAGCUGGCAAUGGGAACUGCAAAACAGAACAGAGAAUCUAACACACAAUCAACAACCUUUAGAUUUUACUUCGUACGAAGCCUAUUCAAAUGAUGUCAAAACGUCUGAACCCAGUGCAGCCAUAAUAGACCAGUCAAACGACAUUAGUCACUCAAAAUAUAAAAGAAUACAAAAUCCUCAGCAUAUAAUUCGAUGUAAACAAACUUGGUGGCCAAAAGUACAAAACGUACACACCUCUGUAAAUAACUCAAGGAAUAUAAUUCAGUUUACUGAUUCAUAUGAAAAUAAAUAA